GGAACAUUAAUUUUUCACUUCAGAGUCGCAUACAGGAAGAACUGGCUUGAGAUAAUCAACGUCAAGUUCUCUAAUACGAACCAAUCACAUUGGUCUCUCCAUGCAUUAGAAAACUUGAGUAGUCAUACGUAGACCAAGGCUCAGUAACAUGCUGAUAAGAGAUACAGACCUCGAGAUAAUAUUAAUAGCGUAAUGAUAAUUUGCAUUGCAUUGAAACCAGUUUACUCCUGGUAGAUCUAGUUUCAGACGCUACGCUUCAGAUUUUGUUUUGAGAACGCAUCUUAACAGACGCAGUUGCGCUGUCACCUAUCUUCUGACACUCCGAUCGCCAGGAAGUGGGUGGGCUGUUCUCAAUCCAGAUUCGACUGGUAUACAACAAAGACUAGGCUACACCGCUUUCCACAAAAGUGCACGUCAAGUCAAGAACACUAGAUAAUCAAGGUGCUUUCCAACUUUUGAACUCUAUCAGGAUGGCUGAAUCUGUCGAUUUGGAUGCGAAGGAGAAAGCUUUCAAGGCUCUCCACGUUCUGUUCAUCCUGGCCAUUUCUUUUUCCAGCCUCGCACUUAUGGUCAAACUGUUACGAGGCGUUCUGUUAAAAAACCAGCGAAAGUUCUUGAUAUUCACCCUAGCGGGUGGAGAUUUAUUUUUGGCGUUGUUUUCUCUUACCGUGGUGACAAGAAGACUGUUUGAAAAUAACGUCGAACUCAGUUAUGCGUCUAAAGUCUUAUCGGAAAAAUACCUGUUCCAUUACUUUCCUUUCGUGCACGCGAUGGGAAUGUUUGUCCUAGCAAUAGAGCUGGUGCACAGGGCUCAACUGCGAGAGAUAAUCUCUAACCCGUAUGUGGCUUCUCUUUUGUGUGCCGGUCUUCCCUGGGUCCUCGGCCUCAUAGUUGUUUUGCCGCUGGUAAUGGAUGGCUUUUUGUGGUCUGAGGGAAAGUACCAGGAAGGAUUUAAAAACAACGACCGUCAGAUUGCAUGGUAUGUGGUGUCAACCAUUAUCCCAUCCACACUGGCACUAGCCGCUUGCAUAGUUACAGACUUUAUCAACAUUAAAUGGGUACCCGAAGAUUUUUCCUCGGAGAAUACAGACUCAGCAACGCAAGAGGAAACUGAAAUGAGCAAAAUCUACCACGUUGACAACCAACCCACUUUCUAUCCGUCUAAUCAAUCACAUGGGCCGUUUUACAGCAGCCAAUCAGAACCACCGUACCGCCCGAACUCCUCGGAGAUCUACGCUCCUCUCUCUAGACCACCUUCCAAUCACCUCGCUAGUCGUUUUUCGAUGAACAAUAAUAAUAUGCACCCAGUACAGGGUUCUCCAGGACCUCUAUCAAGUCGACUCAGCAUGCAAAACGUUUAUCUUCCUCCCCAUCCACAACCAGACCCGUCCCUUCGCACUGUCCCCGGAACAAGACUUUCAACAUACAGACCUCAAAAUGAUAAGUCUUUUGGUAAAAAGGAAAAGCGUGUUCUGCUUCUUGUCACUGCGAUUUCUUUCGUUUUGACCACACCCUGGGCCUUCUUUCAAGUUUGUUAUGUACUCAGAGAUGAUAAGAGUUACAUUGAGCCGUUAGCAAGAGAGAUCGUCGUAAAUUGGUUUCGGUACUUUCUCUACCUGAGGUCGGUGGUCACUCCUCUUAUCUGGAUUGCCACGAUGCGCAAACCGUGAUAUUGUCCUGGUUCCCACCCGUACUCAAGGAAUUGUGGAGAUACGCCUGUUACAUUAUUUUAUACCAUACAUGGAGUUCUUUUAGCAUUUCACUUCUGGACUCUGGUAAAAUAAAUCCAUAUGUAUCACACGUAAAAUAUAAGCUCUCUAGUGAAAUAUUAGCAAAAUUUGCAUGGAUUAAAUUACUCUGCGCACUAUAUUCGCUUUCUAAUCUGUCAGCAAAAUAUAGACUUGAAUCAUACUAUUCCUAUACCGUGCAAUGUUAUGGCAUCCGCUCCUUGCCCUGUGCAAAAACUUCACCGCAAAGCGUGUCAUCAUAUGUUUGUUUGUUUAG